AUGACAAAGUUCGGUGGUGUCGGAAGGCAUCUCCUGGCGCUCGAAGCUACAAACCCUAACAAAGUCGUGAAUUGGGCCAAGCUCCUUAUGGCUGUCGAAUGGAUCUAUCUCGUGGCGGUGACCUUGCGAAAACUCUCCAUCUUGAGCAUGUACCUCGGACUAUUCACCACAAAAUCGUAUCGAAGGAUUGUAUAUGUCCUAGCUGUUACUUUGAUCAUGACAUUUCUUGUUGGAGGUCUCACUGGAUCGCUCAAAGUCACAAGACACCAGAAAAUAGGACUGACAUUGACAUUCUUGACUGGUUCUGUCGGAUUGAUAGCCUCAAUAUUUCGCUUUGCGACCUUCUUUCGGAACGAUGCUAUAACUGAUGGUACUUUCUCGUUUGUGGAACUCAUGUCAUGGACCAUUAUCGAACCAGGCAUCUACCUUGUUGCAGCUUGCCUACCAGCGCUACGUCCGCUCGCUCAACGCAUCUUCAAAGACAGCCUUCUCACCCGUCUCAGCACGAAAUGGAUGCCUAAGUACGGUGACAGAUGUUACGAGCGCAGCACGGUGAAUAUCAAGCUCGAGGGACACAGAAGCGUUAGGUCUGAAGUCCAUCGCCCUCAGCCAUGCUUUCAUCGUCUAACCGAUGGCAAGGAGAGCAUUGGUAAAAGCAGUGCGGAUGAGAGAAGUCUGGUGGACAAUUACUGGAGCGCGAGGGACAAUGUCAGUCAAUUCGCUCGAAAUGACUGCGGUUCCGAUCUAAAGGCGCAGCACAUUCGUGUUGAGAACGACAUUGUGGUCACCACAUCUGAUUCUCUUGCUUAG